AUGCCCGGACUGCAGCGGCCAGGGCUAGGGGCAGUGCGAGGUGUGCCAGGAGCAGCGGGUCAACGUGCAGUCACAAUGAAAUCAGCAAACGCCUCUUUCUUUCUUGCCUUCUCCCUCCCCCCCUUUACUCCCAACGCCUGCUCCACUAUUCCAUGCCCGGACUGCAGCGGCCAGGGCUGGCUGCAGUGUGAGGUGUGCCAGGGGGAGAGGGUGAACGUGAAGGUCAACAAACGCCUCUUCCGCCGCUGCCCUGGCUGCUACGCCCUGGGGAUGACGCUCUGUCAGAAGUGUAAAGUGUACAAAUGUGUCACAUUUCCAGAUGGCGUUGAUGGUGGUGCUGUAGACGAUUAA